CAUCAUGGAUUGCGAGGACGAGGCCGUUGUUUUCGUUGCUGCUGCAAGGACCCCGGUCGGAUCCUUCAAUGGUGCCUUGUCAACCCUGCACGCCCAUGAAUUGGCUUCAGUAGUCAUUAAAGAAUUGUUGCAGAGGACAAAAAUUGAUCCUAAAGAAUUAUCUGAAGUUAUACUUGGACAAGUAUUGCCUGCAGGGGCUGGCCAGAAUCCUGCUCGACAAGCCAGUGUCGGGGCAGGGAUUCCAUAUGAGAUCCCAGCUUGGAGCUGUCAAAUGAUCUGCGGAUCAGGCCUGAAAGCCGUAUGUCUCGGGGCUCAGGCUAUUAUGACAGGAGAUUCCAGUAUUGUGGUGGCUGGUGGAAUGGAAAACAUGAGCAAGGCUCCUCAUGUCAUUCAUCUGCGUGGUGGGGUGAAGAUGGGAGAAACCUCUUUGCAAGACAGUCUUAUCGUAGAUGGCUUGACAGAUGCUUUCUACUGUUAUCACAUGGGUGUUACAGCUGAAAAUCUGGCCAAACGAUGGAAGGUCAGUCGAGAAGAACAAGACCAGCAGGCUGUAAUGUCUCAGAAUAAGGCUGAAAAUGCACAGAAGGCUGGAUAUUUUGAUAAAGAGAUUGUGCCUGUUGUUGUACCUUCUAGAAAAGGUCAGUGAGCAGUUUGACAUACUG